AUGGCCAGGCUGUGGCGUUCCUGCCAUCAAACUGGCGCUGAGCUUCAGCCAGAGGAUUGUCAAUGGGGAGAAUGCAGUGGUGGGCUCCUGGCCCUGGAGGUGUCCCGGCAGGACAGCAGCGGCUUCCACUUCUGUGGUGGUUCCCUCAUCAGCCAGUACUGGGUGGUCACUGCUGCCCACUGCAAUGUCAUCCCUGGCCGCCACUUUGUUGUCUUUGGAGAGUAUGACCAAUCAUCCAGCGCUGAGGCUCUGCAGGUUCUGUCCCUCUUGUGGGCCAUCACACACCCUUCCUGGAACCCCAGUACUAUGAACAAUGACCUGAUGCUACUGAAGCUCACUUCCCCAGCCCAGUACACAGCAUGCAUCUCACCAGUUUGCCUGGCUUCUCCAGAUAAGGUGCUGUCUGCAGGCCUCACAUGUCACCACUGGCUGGGGCCACCUCAGCGGCAUGGCCAAUGUGACCCUGGCGUGCCUGCAGCAGAUGGCUCGCCCCUGGUCACUGUGAGUCCGUGCCAGCAGUAUUGGGGCUCAAGUAUCACUGAUUCCAUGAUCUGUGCAGGUGCUUCAGGGGCCUUCUCAUGCCAGGGUGACUCCAGAGGCCCUCUUGUCUGCCAGAAGGGGAACAUGUGGGUGCUCAUUGGCAUCGUCUCCUGGGGCACCAGCAACUGCAAUGUGCAUGGCGCCUGCCGUAUACACUCGGGUUAGCAAGUUCAGCACCUGGAUCAACCAGGUCAUAGCCUACAAGUGAGCCCACCACAGGCCCCUCCCCAUCUCAAUCCAAUAAAGACCCCAGGCUCUGGCC